GGGUCUCAGCACACAGACCGGCUCCAGUCAGUUAUCAACCUUUGCCAGAUGUGUCGAGAUCGUUAACCAUACUUUCGGAAAAGAGACUCUCUCCAAGAAAUUCAUGGGGUGCUGAAUGCAUGCCGAGAUAGUGAAUCAUCAGUCUGACUUUCAUUAUGGCAGACGCGGAGGUCAGAACACCCCGUGAAGCCGCUCACUCGCUCAUCAACGUCGAACAUGUGAAGUCAGCGCUAAAAGCAGACAAAGGCACCGACGCCCACCUCGUCUCCUGGGCUCUGAGGGAUUUCACGAAGAAGGACGACAACCUCGCCAGCGUCGUGACGAGUAUUGACGUCGAGUACAGUCUACAAGGAGGCGAGAACCAGACGUCAUCGUACGUGGUGAAGAUCAACCCCAGUCUGAAGGAGAAUGAGUACGAGAGCUUCACGCACCAGAUUUUCACGAAGGAGGUGAGCUUCUUGAAGGACUUGGCGCCGAAGCUGUCGUCGCUGAUGGAGGCCGUUGGACAACGCCCUUUUGCCUUCCCUGCGUAUCUCUUCUCCAAACUGGACGAUGGGCGCGAGUUCAUCAUCAUGGAGGACCUCCGUCGACGAGGCUUCAGGACCCGGGACCGCCUCGUGAGCAUAGACGUCACGCAUACGAUCCUCGUCAUGCAGGAACUAGCCAGGAUUCACGCCGCCUCGUUUCUCCUGCAGGCCCAACAGCCCACCAAGAAACUGGCGGACACCUACGAGUUCCUGAAGGCGGACUGGGCCAAUUUCACCGGCGAAAAACGAGCAACUUUCCAGACCAUGUUCUCUGACUGCAUGUCCGACGCGAUGACUAUUCUGGAAAAGGUUGGGGGUUAUGAAAAGGUGAUUGACUGGAUGAAGAGGAGUCGGGCUUCUUGCAUGGACGUGAUGGAAGCCCAGGUGUCCAAAGAAUACCCGUUUGAGGUUCUGUGCCACGGAGAUUUCUGGAAUUGUAACCUUAUGUUUAGGUACGACGGCGAAACUCCCGUCGAGGUGGCAGUCAUCGACCUGCAAAUGGUCCGCAUGGCUUCCCCGGGGACGGACCUCUCCAACCUCUUCUACACGAGCCUCGACAACCACGUCAGAAAACCGAACCUGGAGACGUUUUUGAAAACCUACCACGCCUCCUUUGCGGACACGGUGGCUGCUUGUGGUAGCGAUGUGCCUUUCAGCUUCGAGGAGUUGAAGGCUGAAUACAAGAAGAGGUUAAAAUACGGACUGUAUUUUGCUAUCAUGGACGUUCCUAUGAUCCUGACGGACGCUUCGGAUGUCCCCUUAGGCGAGGACUUUUUGCAGAAGUGGAGACAGAAAGGGAAAGAGAGUUUGCCGCAGAAUCCUCUAAUUAAGUCCAGGUUUCUGUCGACUUUCGAUGAAAUGAUGAGCGAGGGUGUUAUUGACUAGCGAAAAGGAUGAAGAAAUUAAUCAAUGGGUAAAGCUGAUGAUAAAAUGAAAUAUACUUUUUAUUGUGAUAUUCACUUGUAGAUACAUUAGACAUAUGAUUAUUGCUAUUUACUCUCGAAUACAAAUAUUUUGUGACUAAACUAAAUUUAAGCCAACAUUCCAGCAAUUUUCUCUGCCAGGAUCGGUGUUUUAUAGAGAUGGCAUUGGAAGAUCAAUGUUAACGAAAACAAACAAUAAAAGAACAUAACUAAGUAAACUGACAAAGACAAACAACAACAACAACUCCACGGUGGAAAAAGAAGCAAAAGACACAUGAUUUACCUUACCUUGUUUACACGGAAAAUAAGAACGCAUAAUUUGUGAAGGCCUUCCAUGGCCGGGAACAGCCAAGGGUCAACUUCUCAUUCCUCUUUACUGCUUGUGUUUGCUUAAGGUACUUGAUACUAUGUUAGAGGUAAUUAGUGGCUGAAGAUAAACGAGAUGGUAUUAUCUGUAUCCUAGAAAAUAAUUAGUUCUCUCUUUCUCCCUUCCUUCCUCUUUCCUUUCCUUUCUUUCUCUCUUUUUCUCUCUCCCUCCCUUCCUUCCUCCUUUCUCUCUCUCUCUCUCUCUCUCUCUC